CUUUAAGGUCAGACUCCAGGGCAGGAACUUCAGGCAGGUAGGUUGAGGGGUGGGAUUUGGGGAUCCCUCAAAUUGCAAGCAUAGAUGGAAGGCUGGUGUGCGUGGAGAGUGAGAAGUGGAUUCUGCAGAGGCCCUGCCUUCUCCUCCUCACCCCACCGUCUCCCUCCCUCUCCCCCUGACAGCGGCAAGCUGGUCUCUCCCAAGUGGAAGAACUUCAAAGGCCUCAAGUUGCUGUGCAGAGACAAGAUCCGCCUCAACAACGCCAUCUGGAGAGCCUGGUAUAUCCAGUAUGUGGAGCGGAGGAAGAGCCCCGUGUGCGGCUUCGUGACGCCUCUGCAGGGGCCUGAGGCCGACGAGCACCGCAAACCGGAGGCCGUCGUCCUGGAGGGGAAUUACUGGAAGCGGCGCAUCGAGGUGGUGAUGCGCGAGUACCACAAGUGGCGCAUCUACUACAAGAAGCGGCUCCGUAAGUCCAGCAGGGAAGGGGAUCUCUUGGCCCCCAAGCAGGCCGAAGGGGGGUGGCCGCCGCCAGAGCGAUGGUGCCAGCAGCUCUUCUCCAGCGUGGUGCCCGUGCUGCUGGGGGGCCCCGAGGAGGAGCCUGGUGGGCGGCAGCUCCUGGACCUCGACUGCUUUCUGUCCGACAUCUCGGACACGCUCUUCACCAUGACGCAGCCCAGCUCCUCGGCCCUGCAGCUGUCCCCCGAGGACGCCUAUGUUGGCAAUGCUGACAUGAUCCAGCCAGACCUGACACCCUUGCAGCCCAGCCUGGAUGACUUCAUGGAGAUCUCAGAUUUCUUCACCAACUACCGCCCCCCACAGACGCCCAUGGCUUCAAACUUCCCGGAGCCCCCCAGCUUCACCCCCGUGGCUGAGUCCGGCUUCAGCAGUGGGAUCCUGGCCCCGGAGGUGCCCCCAGUCUCCUUGGGAUUGCCCCAGCUCCCAGGACAGAAUCGCUUGCAACACCCAGUCCAGAGCUCAGCGAGGGAGGAAGCGCAGCCCUCCGCCUUGCUGAGAGUCUCUCUGUCCCCAAGCCAGGCUCGGAACAGCUGCCCUGGCCCCCUGGACCCUAGUGCCUUCCUGGGCUCCGACUUCCUCCUUCCUGAAGAGCCCAAGCCCAAGCUCCCACCACCUCCUGCGCCACCUCCCCUUCUUCAGUACCCAGCCCCUGACAAGGCUCAGGGCCUGCAGCCCUGCACCCCGCCUCCCUUCCCUUCCGGGAUUUCAGCCCCUGCUUUGCUGCAGGAGGAGCCCCUCUUCUCAGCCAGGUUUCCCUUCCCUACAGCCCCUCCAGGCCCAGGAGCAUCCCCGCUGCCUGCUCCGGCAGCCUUCCCAGCCACCCCUGCGGUGGCGCAGCCCAUCCCAGGCCCUGCCUCGGGCCCCACCCCCUUCCCCGUAGACCCUCUGCCUUCUGGGUACCCAGAGCCCAGUUUGGGCUGUCACUUCACAGUGCCUCGGGGCAUGCAGCCCAGGGGCGAGCCCCCCACCCAGUUCCCCAGGGGACGGAAGGCCAGCACCCCCACCUUGGCCCCUGCCACUGCCCGGGGCAGCAACCCCUGCCUCACACAGCUGCUGAGGGCAGCCAAGACUGAGCAAGCCCUGGAGCCAUUGCUUGUACCCAGCACCCUCCUCCGGCCCCCGGGGUCCCCGCAGGAGACGGUCCCUGAAUUCCCCCAUGCCUUCUUUCCCGUGACCCCGGCCCCUACACCGCCUCGGCCACCUCCAGGCCCAGCCACAUUGGCCCCUCCCAGGCCCCUCAUUGUCCCCAAAGCAGAGCGGCUGUCACCUCCAGCACCCAGUGGCAGCGAGCGGCGGCUGUCAGGGGAGCUCAACUGCGUGUCGGCUCUGGGGGCCCUGAGUGUGGGGGCCUCUCCCCCUCCAUCCUCCCACUGCCGGGGCCGACCAGACAACAGCAAGACUGAGAACCGGCGCAUCACACACAUCUCAGCCGAGCAGAAGCGGCGUUUCAACAUCAAGCUGGGCUUUGACGUCCUCCAGGGGCUUGUGAGCACACUCAGCGCCCAGCCCAGCCUCAAGGUGAGCAAGGCGACCACGCUGCAGAAGACGGCUGAGUAUAUCGUCAUGCUGCAGCAGGAGCGGGCGGCCCUGCAGGAGGAGGCCCAGCAGCUGCGGGACGAGAUUGAGGAGCUCAAUGCUGCCAUCAACCAGUGCCAGCAGCAGCUGCCCGCCACGGGAGUGCCCAUCACACACCAGCGCUUUGACCAGAUGCGGGACAUGUUUGACGACUACGUCCGGACACGAACGCUGCACAACUGGAAGUUCUGGGUGUUCAGCAUCCUCAUCCGGCCUCUGUUCGAGUCCUUCAAUGGGAUGGUGUCCACGGCGAGCUUGCACAGCCUCCGCCAGACCUCACUGGCCUGGCUGGAUCAGUACUGCUCCUUACCCGUGCUCAGGCCCAGUGCCGCUCUGUCUGUCUCCCCAGCUGUCCUGAACUCCCUUCGCCAGCUGAGUGCAUCCACCAGUAUCCUGACUGACCCGAGCCGCGUGCCCGAGCAGGCCACGAGGGCAGUGACAGAGGGCACACUGGGCAGACCAUUAUAGUCCUGGCAUGCCCUCCGGGCACUCCCCUCCUGCCCAGGCCCUGGCUGGCGCCUUCCCCACAACAUCCCCACCUCCUGGAGGCCUGGAAGAGCCAAGCUCCGUCCCUGCUCUGCUUCUGCCCUCUGGGGGACUUGAAACCCCUCUUGGGGGUGGGGAAAGCUCAACCGACAGAUGGACCUGAGGCCUUAGCCACCGUGAUGUUGGGGACCUGAGCUGGGCAACUCAGGGAUCUCAGAGGAGAGAAGGGGACAACCCUGCCUCUGGGUCACUCCUGCCUGCUCCCUGCAGGGGACACCAGGUUCCUGCAGGGUGGCUUCCCCUGAGCAAAGCCCGGGAGGGCUGAUGCCAGGCAUCUUGUGUGUGUGUGUGUGUGUGUGUGUGUGUGUGUGUGUGUGUGUG